UGUCGUGUAUUUCCUACACUAUCACGUGGCCAGGUUGUCACAUAUGAUAUUAGCUUCGUUUGGGCACAUAUGCGUGCUCCUAUGUUUGCAUACGUGCUGUAUUUAUCUUGUUUUUUCCGUCAGUAUAGCAACUAUACGCCUGGUCGUUUCCAUAGUAACCUUGGAUCGGCCGGUGUCAUUCAUCCCAAUCUCAGCGUGGAUGUGAAUUUACUGCGUGACAUCCAGCCAUUUUACACAAGUUGCCAUCGGUCAAAUGUCUAAGUAGCUCAUUGUGUGUUGUCAAAAAGCAAAAAUGAGUGGCGUCUUGUAAAUCCUGAAGUAAUUAGACAACAGUCUAACAAGCAAAUGAAACAUUACUGAUUGCAACAUUAACCCAAACACCAAGGUGUUUCUUAUUUAUGGUACGCAUAAUUAAAUGAUGUGUGUGGAGAUUUAAUCUGAGAGACACUGAAACAAGAUUAGUCGUGAUUCAAGUUUUUUCCUUCCUGAUUCUUAGGUCCUAAUGGCGACCGCUGAUGCAUUGGCUGGUCCUAUGUACUGAUCUGAUGCCCGGUGCCUUAAAAACAAAACAAACCCAAACUAAUACAGCUAAGGCCUUUAGGACAUUCUCCUUUUUGCGUCUCCAGUCUCUCUCUCUCUCUCUCGCGGUUGGUCUCUCCACCCCUCUGUGACCUGGGGAUGAACGCACCAAUGAGGAGCCUCACAGGUAUGCCUGAUCGCAUGUUAUGUGCAGUGCUGGAGCAAUUUCAGCUUUACUUUUCCCUUUGAUCCACUCUCUGUAUAGCACGGCAAGCCCCAGCAUGCUGAAGAGGAAACAGAGCUCACGGGUCGAGGCCCAGCCCAUGACCGACUUUGGGCCGGACGAGACCCUCGCGGACAGCGCUGACAUCUUCUGGAUCAACAAACCAUGGGUGCACUCCUUGCUGCGAGCCUGUGCCAUCAUCAGCGUCAUCUCCGUGUGUAUGAACACCCCGAAGACAUUCGAGCAUUACCCUCCGCUGCAGUAUGUGACAUUCAAGCUGGACACGCUGCUCAUGUUCCUCUACACCGCCGAGAUGAUCGCCAAGAUGCACAUCAGGGGAAUCAUCAAGGGGGAUAACUCCUAUGUGAAGGAUCGCUGGUGUAUGUUUGAUGGAAUCAUGGUGUUUUUCAUCUGGGUCUCCCUGGUGUUGCAGGUGUUUGAAAUAGCGGAGCUUGUGGAUCAAAUGUCUCCUUGGGGGAUGUUGAGAAUCCCCCGAGCGCUAAUUAUGAUCCGGGCCUUCAGGAUCUACUUCCGCUUUGAGCUUCCCCGCUCCCGCAUCACCAACAUCCUGAAGCGAUCUGGGGAACAGAUCUGGAGUGUGUCAAUCUUCCUGCUGUUUUUUCUCCUGCUCUAUGGAAUUCUGGGAGUUCAGAUGUUUGGAACGUUCAAUCAUCACUGCGUUACUAAUGAUACAGAAGAAGGUAAUGUGUCUUGGAACAGCUUCGCAAUCCCUGACACCCAUUGCUCACCUGAUGGAGAAGGCUAUCAGUGUCCUCACGGGUUCAAGUGCGUAGACCUGGAAAAGUUGGGCCUUAGUCGCCAGGAGCUCGGUUAUAGUGGAUUCAAUGAGCUAGGUACGAGCAUCUUCACCGUGUACGAGGCUGCGUCUCAGGAGGGCUGGGUGUUCCUCAUGUACAGAGCCAUCGACAGUUUCCCUCGCUGGCGCUCCUACUUUUACUUCAUAACUCUCAUUUUCUUCUUGGCUUGGCUUGUCAAGAAUGUGUUCAUUGCAGUCAUCAUUGAGACAUUUGCCGAGAUCAGGGUGCAGUUUCAGCAGAUGUGGGGGUCAAGGAGCAGCACCACCUCUACAGCUACCACACAGAUGUUCCACGAAGACGCUGCUGGGGGAUGGCAGCUUGUAGCUGUGGACGUCAACAAACCACAUGGUCGAGCGCCUGCCUGCCUCCAGCAAUUGAUGCGGUCGUCUGUGUUCCACAUGUUCAUCUUGAGCAUGGUUGCCGUGGACGUCAUCGUUGCCGCCAGCAACUACUACAAAGGCGAGAACCACCGCAGACACUACGAUGAGUUUUACCUGGCAGAGGUUGCCUUUACUGUGUUGUUUGACCUAGAAGCUCUUCUGAAGAUCUGGUGCCUCGGUUUCACUGGCUACAUCAGCUCCUCUUUGCACAAGUUUGAAUCCCUGCUGGUGGUGGGCACCACGCUGCACAUCUACCCUGACCUCUAUCACUCACAGUUCACCUACUUUCAGGUGCUACGUGUGGUGCGCUUGAUAAAAAUUUCCCCCGCUCUAGAGGACUUUGUCUACAAGAUAUUUGGUCCAGGCAAAAAACUGGGCAGCCUGGUGGUGUUCACGGCCAGCCUGCUUAUUGUCAUGUCGGCCAUCAGCUUGCAGAUGUUCUGCUUUGUGGAGGAGCUGGACCACUUCACCACUUUCCCCAGGGCAUUCAUGUCCAUGUUCCAGAUCCUGACCCAGGAGGGCUGGGUAGAUGUCAUGGACCAGACUCUGGUGGCUGUGGGUCUCAUGUGGGCCCCGGUAGUGGCCAUUUACUUCAUCCUCUACCAUCUGUUCGCUACCCUGAUUCUUCUCAGUCUUUUUGUGGCUGUUAUCUUGGACAAUCUGGAGCUCGAUGAAGACUUGAAGAAGCUAAAACAGCUCAAGCAAAGCGAAGCUAAUGCUGACACCAAAGAGAAGCUCCCUCUGCGACUCAGGAUCUUUGAAAAGUUCCCAAACAGACCUCAGAUGGUGAAGAUCUCCAAGCUCCCGUCUGAUUUCACUGUGCCCAGGAUCAGGGAGAGUUUCAUGAAGCAGUUUAUCGAUCGCCAGCAGCAGGACACCAGUUGUCUGUUCCGGCGUCUUCCCUCCGCUUCCUCCUCCUCUUGUGACCACUCCAAACGCUCGGCCAUCGAAGACAACAAGUAUAUUGACCAGAAGCUUCGCAGGUCAAUAUUUAGCAUUCGGGCUCGCAACCUUCUGGAAAAAGAAACAACAAUCAAUAAAAUCCUUCGGGCUUGUACCAGACAGCGUAUGCUAAGUGGAUCCUUUGAAGGCCAGCCAGCCAAAGAACGCUCCAUACUCAGCGUUCAGCAUCACAUACGGCAGGAGCGCAGAUCUCUGCGACAUGGUUCCACGAGUCAGAGGAUCAGCCGUGGGAAGUCGCUGGAGACUCUCACGCAAGAUCAUUCCAGCACAGUGCGCUACCGAAACGCCCAGAGAGAGGACAGCGAGAUCAAGAUGAUCCAAGAAAAGAAAGAACAAGCUGAAAUGAAGAGAAAAGUUCAGGAGGAGGAGCUCAGGGAGAACCAUCCAUACUUCGAUAAGCCUCUUUUCAUUGUGGGUCGCGAGCACCGUUUCCGGAACUUCUGCAGGGUGAUCGUUCGAGCUCGCUUCAAUGCAUCCAAAACAGACCCAAUAACGGGAGCAGUCAAGAACACCAAAUACCACCAGCUGUACGAUCUCCUGGGCUUGGUCACCUAUCUGGAUUGGGUUAUGAUUGUGGUGACCAUCUGCUCCUGCAUCUCCAUGAUGUUUGAAUCACCCUUCACCAGGGUCAUGCACGUCCCCACGCUCCAGAUCGGGGAGUACGUGUUUGUGAUAUUCAUGAGCAUAGAGCUCAACCUGAAGAUCAUGGCCGACGGCCUGUUCUUCACCCCCACAGCGGUCAUCAGAGACUUCGGAGGAGUUAUGGACAUCUUCAUCUAUCUCGUGAGUCUGAUCUUUCUGUGCUGGCUGCCUCCUGACGUCCCUCCUGAGUCUGGGGCUCAGCUGCUGAUGAUGCUGCGCUGCCUGCGUCCGCUCAGGAUCUUCAAGCUGGUACCCCAGAUGAGGAAGGUGGUGCGGGAGGUCCUCAAAGGAUUCAAGGAGAUUUUCCUGGUUUCCAUUCUGCUCCUCACACUAAUGCUGGUGUUCGCAAGCUUUGGAGUUCAGCUGUUUGCCGGAAAGCUCGCCAAGUGCAACGACCCCCAUAUCCUUAAACGGGAGGAUUGUCACGGUAUAUUCCGAAUAAAUGUCAGCGUUUCCAAAAACCUCAACUUGAGGCUAAAGCCUGGAGAGAAGAAACCGGGUUUCUGGGUACCACGUGUCUGGGCCAACCCUCGCAACUUUAACUUUGACAAUGUGGGAAAUGCCAUGUUGGCCCUGUUCGAAGUGCUGUCACUGAAAGGCUGGGUGGAGGUCCGAGACGUCAUCAUUCACCGCGUUGGACCGAUCCAUGGCAUCUACAUCCACGUCUUUGUGUUUCUGGGGUGCAUGAUUGGACUCACUCUCUUUGUCGGAGUGGUCAUCGCAAACUUCAAUGAGAACAAGGGUACCGCUCUGCUGACAGUAGACCAGAGAAGAUGGGAGGAUCUGAAGAGUCGACUGAAAAUAGCCCAGCCUCUCCACCUACCCCCGCGCCCAGAGAAUGGAGGUUUUCGAGCCAAGAUGUAUGACAUUACUCAACACCCUUUCUUCAAACGCGGCAUUGCUGUGCUGGUGUUGGCACAAUCUGUCCUGCUGUCAGUCAAGUGGGACGUAGAUGAUAAAGUCACAUUCCCCCUUGCCACCAUGUCCGUGGUCUUCACCUUUAUAUUUGUGCUGGAGGUGACAAUGAAGCUGAUCGCCAUGUCUCCAGCGGGUUACUGGCAGAGCCGACGGAAUCGCUACGACCUGCUGGUCACGUCACUGGGCGUCAUCUGGAUAGUCCUGCACUUUUCAUUACUGAAUGCAUAUACCUACAUGAUGGGCACGUGCGUGAUAGUCUUCAGGUUCUUCACAAUAUGUGGGAAACAUGUGACGCUGAAGAUGCUGCUGCUGACUGUAGUAGUGAGCAUGUACAAGAGCUUCUUCAUCAUCGUGGGGAUGUUCCUCCUCCUCCUCUGCUAUGCAUUUGCUGGAGUUGUUCUCUUUGGAACUGUCAAAUACGGAGAGAACAUUAACCGGCACGCCAACUUCUCCACAGCGGGCAAAGCUAUCACCGUUCUCUUCCGUAUAGUCACUGGGGAAGAUUGGAAUAAAAUCAUGCACGACUGCAUGGUGCAGCCUCCAUUCUGCACACCGGAUAAACUUCGCUACUGGGAGACUGAUUGUGGCAACUAUGCUGGAGCGCUCAUCUACUUCUGCUCUUUCUAUGUCAUUAUAGCCUACAUCAUGCUCAACUUACUAGUAGCCAUCAUUGUGGAGAACUUCUCCCUGUUCUACUCCACUGAGGAGGACCAGCUGCUGAGUUAUAAUGACCUGAGGCACUUCCAGAUCAUCUGGAACAUGGUGGACGACAAACGAGAGGGUGUGAUCCCAACGUCCAGGGUGAAGUUUCUGCUUCGUCUGCUCAGGGGCAGGCUGGAGGUGGACCUGGACAAAGACAAGCUGCUGUUCAAACACAUGUGCUACGAGAUGGAGCGGCUUCACAGCGGAGGAGAUGUGACCUUCCAUGACGUACUCAGCAUGCUAUCCUAUCGCUCGGUGGACAUUAGAAAGUCUCUCCAGCUGGAGGAGCUGUUGGCCAGGGAACAGCUUGAGUACACCAUUGAAGAAGAGGUCGCCAAGCAGACCAUACGUAUGUGGCUCAAGAAAUGCCUCAAACGCAUCCGGGCGAAGCAGCAGCAGUCCUGCAGCAUCAUCCACAGCUUGAGAGAGAGCCAGAAGCAAGAGUUGCACCACUUCCUCAACCCUCCCAGCAUAGAGACCACAGUGCCAAGUGAAGACCACAAUGCUAAUAACCCAGACAACCCCUCGCAGCCUGAGAUGAGUGGUCUCCAGCAGCUGCUGAGCCCCACGCUGUCAGACAGAGGAGGGUACAGACAGGACUCCUCAGACCUGGGGAGACCACAGAGGAAGCUGGGACAGUGGCGGCUGCCUGCGGGUCGCACAAGUGUCAAGUCCAUUGUUUGCAAGAUGAACCCCGUCAACGAUGAGGCCUCUUCGGGAUCAGAGGUGAAGAAGUGGUGGACCCGGCAGCUGACCGUCGAGAGCGACGAGAGCGGCGACGACCUCAUUGACAUUUAGAGAUGAGUUGCGGUGCAUCCUGCAGUGUUUUACAGAUGAGCUGAGACGCUUGCUGCUUGACUCGAGCUGUUUCCAUUUCCUCUCGUUCGCUAAAAAACGUCACUGUUUCUGAUCUUUCUACCGCUGUGUGUGUGUGUGCGCGCGGAGGCCGUCGAGGAGACAUUUGUUGAGCGGCCGUUUUGCUGUGCAGUUACAAUUUCAUACCUCUGGGAUAUACUUUGCUUUACUCGUGUGGUUUCUGCUGAGUUUUUCCUCCGCUGAGUUUUUUUCUAUGCAGGCACAGAUUAAUGGCUGAGGCCGAGAUAUCCAUAUGUCAACAAACCACGAAGCUGCUGCCGUUUGUGUUCUCAACUGUUUCAUGUUAAUAUUUGAAACUGUCGGCUGCGCUGAUGCAGAUCGUUUCUAACGUCCUUUCAUGUUGUUCUCUGUUCAUAUCUCUUCUUUAGUCAGUGUUGAUGAUGAUGUCUCUUGUGGUCUUCAGUAUUAGUCACAUAAAUGUCCCUUUUUCCAAUAGUCACUUUAUACUUAAACCAGGCUUCUUGUUCUCGUUGGCAGAACAAGCAAAUUAAAGACAUUUUUAGAAUUAUGACUGUGAAUGUAUUUAAAAGUUAAAUUUAUCUGUAUUUGUGCAGCAUUAUUACAUAAACUAUUUUGUAAAUUAUGAUAAAUCUUUAGCUUUAUCGAGUAUUCAAAUAUUCUAAUAAAGGCCUAAUCUGUUUAGGCAUU